AUUUACGAUCACCAUGUUGAUUAGAAACAAUUUACCAAGAAUAAUUUUCUCUUCUUCUCUGAGAUGGAAUAAUUUAAAUUGUGUUCGUUUGUGUUCAUCAUCAAAUCGUCGAGAUGAAUUCAUCGAAUCAGCUGAUAAACAACAACAACAACAAUUAAAAGUUGACAGACUAGAAGAACCCAAAGGAUUGUGUAUACUUUCAUUAAAUGAUGAAAAGAAAAGAAAUGCUCUGAGUGGUAAUUUGGUUUCUCUAUUGGAAGACAAUUUAGCCAAUCUACACAAUGAUCGGACAAUUAGAUGUUUAAUUGUUCGUAGUUUGGUGAAAAAUGUUUUCUGUGCCGGUGCUGAUCUUAAAGAAAGAUUUAAAAUGGAGAUUAACGAGGUUGGACCUUUUGUAGAACGAUUAAGAAACUUGACCAAUUCUCUUGCCAAUUUACCUUAUCCAACAAUCGCCGCCAUCGAAGGUGCAGCUUUCGGAGGUGGACUGGAAAUGGCUUUAGCUUGUGACCUAAGAGUGGCCUCACCACGAGCUAAAUUAGGCCUUGUGGAAGCCAAAUUAGCCAUAAUUCCAGGGGCUGGUGGAACCCAACGAUUACCCCGAUUAAUUGGUUUAUCCAAAGCAAAAGAUUUAAUUUUCACCGGACGUAAGGUUAACGGAAAGGAAGCAAUUUCUUUAGGUCUAAUUGAUUACCUGGCAGAGGAAGAUGAUGACGAAGCUGCUUUUAAACAAUCAAUUAAAUUGGCUCAAGAAAUUUGCAAUUCUGGACCAUUAGGUGUUCGUUGGGCAAAAUUUGCAAUCACCAAAGGAAUUGAGGUCGAUCUAAACGCUGGAAUGGCCUUUGAGAAAUUAGCUUACGCUCAAGUUACACCGACAAAAGAUCGUGUUGAAGGAAUGAAAUCUUUCAUUGAGAAACGAUCACCAACUUAUAAAGGAGAGUGAUCAUCACAAUUAUCUUAAUCAUUGAUUAAAAUUUCGCAAAAAAAUCCACAAUUAAUUGUUCACUUGUUCUGUUGAUGAUGAUUGUCAUCAGAGGUCAGUAACUGUACAUGAAGUGUUUAUGUUUACCUUUAAAAAAUUAAAUCUUUCCAAUUGUAAAUUCAUUUCUAACAA